UUCUCUUUCAAUUUCUGUGGGUAUGGUUUAUUUCCUCAAAAAAUGGCUUUUUUGUCAGUCUUUGUUUUAUUUUACUUUAAUCUAUCUCUUAAAGAAUCUCGAGAUUGCUAUCUUUAAGAUAAAGACACCAUAGUUACCCAGUAGUUUCAAGCUCUCCUUCCCUCCACUUUGUGCUUUGACAGAAGAGAAAAACAAAACCCAAUGCAACUCCCAUUAUCAUUAUCUGAUGAAGGGAGAGGAGGCUCUCCUGUAGGAGAGAGCCUACCUGUGAUUUUCUGAAACACCACCAUUUCACUCUUAUUAAUACCAAAACAUUCAAAAGAAUCAAAACCCAAAGCUCCAAUCUUUGCUCCAACUCUGGGUUUGUCUUGUUUUUGGUGAUCCCUUUCUCUGUAUUAUUUUAAACAAAAAAGCCUUUUGGGUGUGUGUAUGUGAAAAGAAUGGCGUUUUCCAUGCACAAAGAGCCACUGAAUAGCAAGCAAAUUGAUAGCAGCAAGUAUGUAAGGUAUACACCAGAGCAAGUUGAAGCUUUGGAAAGAGUAUACAAUGAAUGCCCCAAGCCUAGCUCUUUGAGGCGGCAGCAGCUCAUUAGGGAAUGUCCUAUUCUUUCCAACAUUGAGCCUAAACAGAUCAAAGUCUGGUUUCAGAACCGGAGAUGCCGAGAAAAGCAGAGGAAUGAAGCUUCCCGACUCCAAACGGUGAACCGAAAGCUGACUGCCAUGAAUAAGCUGUUGAUGGAAGAAAAUGAUCGAUUGCAGAAGCAGGUCUCACACCUCGUUUACGAGAAUGGAUAUAUGAAGAAGCAACUGCAGACUGCUUCUGCGACGACCACGGAAAAUAAUAGCUGUGAGUCUGUGGUCGUGAGCGGUCAGCAGCAACAACAACAAAACCCAACACCUCGGCACCUGCAGAGGGAUGCUAACAACCCAGCUGGUCUACUCACAAUUGCUGAGGAGACCCUGGCGGAGUUCCUUUCGAAAGCUACCGGAACUGCUGUCGACUGGGUCCAAGUUAUUGGGAUGAAGCCUGGUCCGGAUUCUAUUGGCAUUGUUGCUGUUUCCAGUAACUGUAGUGGGGUAGCAGCACGAGCCUGUGGUAUUGUGAGUCUCGAGCCCACUAAGGUUGUUCAAAUCCUUAAAGAUCGUCCAUCGUGGUUUCGUGACUGCCGAUGCGUUGAUGUAUUGAGUAUAAUUCCGACUGCAAAUGGUGGAACAAUCGAGCUCGUCUAUAUGCAGACUUAUGCGCCUACAACAUUGGCUGCAGCACGGGACUUUUGGACUCUGAGAUAUACUACGAGCUUAGAAGAUGGUAGUCUUGUGGUAUGUGAGAAGUCGUUAACAUCUUCUACCGGUGGCCCUACUGGGCCUCCCACUUCAUGUUUCGUAAGAGCUGAAAUGCUUCCUAGUGGCUUUCUAAUCAGACCUUGUGAGGGUGGUGGCUCUAUCAUUCAUAUUGUUGAUCAUGUUGAUUUAGAUAUUUGGAGCGUUCCUGAAGUUCUCAGGCCACUUUACGAAUCGUCCAAAAUUCUUGCUCAGAAAAUGACAAUUGCUGCCUUGCGGCAUAUACGGCAAAUUUCUCAAGAGACAAAUGGAGAAAUUAAAUAUGGUGGUGGUCGUCAACCUGCUGUUUUACGCACUUUUAGUCAGAGACUUUGCAGGGCCUUUAAUGAUGCUGUAAAUGGGUUUGUCGACGAUGGUUGGUCGCUUAUGGGUAGUGAUGGUGUUGAAGAUGUGACCAUCAUGAUAAAUUCUUCGUCGGGCAAAUUUAUCGGGUCUCAAUACAAUGCCUCGAUGGUACCAUCUUUCGGUGGAGGUGUACUAUGUGCCAAGGCCUCGAUGCUGCUUCAGAAUGUCCCUCCUGCAUUGCUUGUUCGGUUUUUGAGGGAGCAUCGGUCUGAGUGGGCUGAUUAUGGAGUCGAUACCUACUCCGCAGCUUGUCUUAAACCUAACCCUUACACAGUUCCAUGUGCUCGAACAAGUGGCUUUCCUAGUAGUCAGGUCAUUCUACCUCUUGCACAAACUGUAGAACAUGAAGAGUUCCUCGAAGUUGUUCGUCUAGAAGGCCAUGCAUUCACGCCUGAAGAUGUAGCUCUGGCACAGGAUAUGUACUUAUUGCAGCUUUGCAGCGGAAUUGAUGAAAAUGCAGUCGGUGCCUGUGCACAGCUCAUCUUUGCACCUAUUGACGAAUCCUUUGCCGAUAAUGCUCCAUUGCUCCCAUCCGGAUUUCGAGUCAUACCUCUUGAUCCCAAGACAGUUUUGGUGGAUGGACCGGGAGCAACUCGGACAUUGGAUUUGGCUUCUGCACUUGAAGUGGGUCCUGGAAGCGAUCACCUGUCCAGUGAUUGCGAGCCAAACAAUUAUAACCUUAGGUCGGUCUUGACCAUUGCAUUCCACUUCACUUUUGAGAAUCACCUGAGGGAUGAUGUGGUUUCUAUGGCACGCCAAUAUGUACGUAGCGUUGUGGGAUCGGUUCAAAGGGUUGCCGUGGCUAUUGCUCCAUCCCGUGUUAGCUCCGGCUUGGAACCAAAAACCUUGCAUGGUUCUCCUGAGGCUCUUACUUUGGUGUAUUGGAUUUGCCGAAGCUACAGGAUUCAUACGGGAGGAGAACUUCUUCGAACAGAUUCACAAUUAGCUGGUGAUGCUUUGCUGAAGCAACUGUGGCAUCAUACAGAUGCGAUAAUGUGUUGUUCGUCGAAAACAAAUGCGUCGCCUGUUUUAACCUUUGCAAACCAGGCUGGACUUGAUAUGCUGGAAACUACACUGGUGGCCCUUCAAGACAUAAGGCUGGACAAAAUUCUUGACGAAGCCGGCCGGAAGAUUCUAUGCUCAGAGAUCAUGCAACAGGGGUUUGGUCAUCUCCCGGGAGGGAUAUGCGUAUCGAGUAUGGGAAGGCGGGUGUCGUACGAGCAGGCUAUUGCAUGGAAGGUUGUGGACGAGGAUGCCACCAAUCACUGCCUUGCCCUCAUCUUCAUCAACUGGUCUUUCGUCUGAGAUUACAUGUAUCCA